AGCAUAUGAUCCUGAAAUUUUAAUUUUAUAGAACUUAUCAACGGACAUCCAUCAUGUCUUGGCUUGCUGAUCUUGCUGGAAAGGCAGAGGAUCUACUGAACAGAGUUGAUCAAGGAGCUGCAUCAGCUUUGAGCAAAAAAGACCCAGGAAGCAGUGCAGUUUAUGAUAAUAAGAAUUUGGACUCUGCCAGUGAAUAUUCUGAAUUGCGCCAGCAUCCUGGAGAACUGAAAUAUCAGACGUCACCCAAAGCAGCCUACAUCUCCUCAGCAGCUGAUAAUAUUAAACAUCAAAAGGCCACAAUCCUAGCAGGAACAGCAAAUGUUAAACCAGCACGUAGGACAUCUUCAGAAGUUGCUUCUCCAGUAGAAAAUGUUUCCACACCCAGAGCUGCCUCGCAUUUUGUGAGAAGAAAAAAGUCAGAACCUGAUGAUGAGUUGCUGUUUGAUUUUCUCAACAGUUCAGAGAAGGAGCCUAAUGGAAAAAUGGACUCUAAAACUAAAGAGAAGAGCAAGGCACCUGUUAUUCAAAAUCACUCUCGGACUUCAAGCAUUAGUUCUGUGUCUACCAGUACACAGAGUGCAAAAACUACUGAAGAGAAUUCCAUCAGGAGCCAAGGCAAUGAAACUCCAGACAGUUCAGAUUCUGGACUGGGAGCACAAGGGGAUGGUGUGAAGGAUUCAUCACUAAGUAGAGUAACUAAUGCUAACCUUUUGGCUAAUGAUGAUUUCAAAUCACAUGAGCUAUCCAAUCUUCGCCUGGAGAAUCAGCUGCUGCGCAAUGAAGUUCAAUCUUUAAAUCAAGAAAUGGCUUCAUUAAUUCAGAGGUCCAAAGAAACCCAAGAAGAAUUGAACAAAUCCCGGGAAAGGGUGGAGAAGUGGAAUGUUGACCAUUCAAAGAGUGACAGGAUGGUUAGAGAACUUCAGGCUCGAGUUGAUGAUCUGACAGAAGCUGUUGGUGCCAAGGAUUCACAGCUAGCUGUGCUGAAAGUACGGUUGCAAGAAGCUGAUCAGCUCUUAAGUGCUCGGACAGAAGCUUUGGAAGCAUUGCAGAGUGAAAAAUCACGGAUAAUACAAGACCACAGUGAAGGGAGCAGUUUGCAAAAUCAAGCCCUUCAAACUCUUCAAGAGAGGCUGCGUGAUGCGGACUCUGCACUCAAACGAGAGCAAGAAAGUUACAAACAAAUGCAGAAUGAAUUUGCGGCUCGUCUAAGUAAAAUGGAAGCAGAACGUCAGAACUUGGCAGAAGGGAUAACUGUAGCAGAAAGAAAGUAUUUAGAUGAAAAGAGGCGAGCUGAUGAGCUUCAGCAGCAAGUCAAAGUAACUAAAAACCACCUAGAAUCUGCAAAACAGGAACUGGCAGACUAUAAACAGAAAGCAACUCGCAUACUCCAAUCUAAAGAAAAGUUGAUAAACAGCUUAAAAGAAGGCUCUGGUAUUGAAGGCCUGGAUAGCAAUACUGCGAGCACAAUGGAACUAGAAGAACUGCGACAUGAGCGAGACACUCAGAGAGAAGAAAUACAAAAACUAAUGGGGCAAAUACAACAGAUGAGGACAGAGCUGCAGGAUAUGGAGACUCAGCAGGUAAGUGAAGCUGAGUCAGUGAGAGAGCAGCUUCAAGACCUACAAGAGCAAAUAACAGCACAUAAAAUGGCCAAACAAGAGGCAGAAGCUGAACUAGAAAGGCAAAAACAGGAACUCCAUUAUGCCGAAGAAGAAUUAUAUCGAACAAAGAAUACUUUGCAAAGCAGAAUAAAAGACAGAGAGGAAGAAAUUCAGAAGCUUAGAAAUCAGCUCACAAACAAGACUCUAAGUAGUAGUAGUCAGACAGAAUUAGAAAACCGGCUUCAUCAGCUGACAGAAACACUAAUUCAGAAGCAAACCAUGUUAGAGAGCCUGAGCACAGAGAAAAACUCGCUCGUCUAUCAACUGGAACGACUUGAGCAACAGCUGAAGGCUAUCCAAGGCACUAAUACUAACGGACCUUCCAUUAAUAUGACAGGCAUUGAUGGUGCUGAAGGUGCUCGUAUGCGUAAUGUUCCUGUCCUGUUUAGUGACAUGGAUACUAACAUGGCAGGAAUGUAUGGGAGAGUUCGCAAAGCUGCCAGUAGCAUAGAUCAGUUUAGCAUUCGGCUGGGAAUCUUUCUAAGGCGGUAUCCCAUCGCAAGAGUCUUUGUAAUCAUUUACAUGGCAUUGCUUCAUCUCUGGGUCAUGAUUGUUCUACUUACCUACACCCCAGAAAUGCAUCAUGACAGUCCCAGUGGCAGAUAGACUGAGACAGGACCGUACGCUGUGCUAAUGUAAUUCAGACUGGCAGUGUCUUCAGAAUAAUCAGUCCUGAAAUACGAGCGAGCUUUUCCUCAUGGUUUUUAGAAAGACUGAAAACCAUCAUGCCUGAUUUGUCACUACUUUUCAAAUACAUGUAUAAUACUACAUAGCUUUUUCAAUUUACCUAGAGGAGUGACUCUUUCCUGGAGAAAUAAAGCUAUUAAGUUAAGCUAUGGUUAGCCUUUACAUUUUACAUAGACCUUCUCGUGGUUAGUGUAAAAGAUAAGGGUUGCACCUACACAUAAAUGCAAGGACUUCUGAAGCUACAGGUGUAUAUAAUACAAACUAUUUUAGAUCAUACUGGCUGUGGGCUAUGGUCAGGUAAUAAACUGUACUUAGCAAUUUAAAUAAACUUUAUUCUUUCUGAUUUCUUUCAGUCUUCUUUUGCACUUCUGUUUUUAACUUUGUAAAUAAUAGGUUUUUCCUUAACAUGUUAAACUGAAAAAA